GCGAGGUUUUAAGCGUCUUAUUCUCGGCCAAUCAGCGCCGUCACCGAUAAACUCUCAGCCAAUGAGGCGUCAGUUUGCGGACGCGUGGUUGUGAGGGAGGGAAAGCUGUUUGACUCUAGAAGGGAUACAUCAAGUUUAGGAAAAUAAAUUGUAGUUUGGGUAAAAACACUCCAGAGGAACGAACACGCGUUUCUUGGGUGAAAGUAUUAAAAUUAUAUUAUUAUAUUAGCCUAGAUUUUGCGAGAUAAAGCGUCAUUUUGCGUAACUUCCGGUCGGUAGCUCGAGCCACAACCGGGAAAAGUUCCGCGGGCUUCGGCGGUGUAGAGGCAGAGAAACAAACAAACAUGGAGGCUGAGAUGUUGGAGGCUGAGUGCGAGCAGCAGAAGCCGGUAGAAAGCGGCCAGAAGGCGGACUCGGGAGCCGGAGAACCGGCGGUUAGAGUCUCCUAUGAACUGCCCUGGGUGGAGAAAUACAGGCCGGUCAAACUGAACCAGAUCGUGGGGAACGAAGAGACGGUGAGUCGGCUGGAGGUGUUCGCCCGGGAGGGAAACGUCCCCAACAUCAUCAUAGCAGGUCCUCCAGGAACAGGGAAGACGACCAGCAUCCUGUGUUUGUCCAUACACAACCAGGAGGGAAUCGAAGUGGUGAGGAACAAGAUCAAGAUGUUUGCUCAGCAGAAAGUCACACUGCCCAAAGGACGACACAAGAUCAUCAUCCUGGACGAAGCCGACAGCAUGACGGACGGGGCCCAGCAGGCUCUGCGGAGGAUCAUGGAGAUCUACUCGAAGACGACCCGCUUCGCCCUGGCGUGCAACGCGUCUGAUCGCAUCAUCGAGCCGAUCCAAUCACGCUGCGCCGUGCUGCGCUACGCCAAGCUCACGGACGGACAGGUCCUCGCUCGCCUGCAGGACAUCGUCCACCAGGAGGCGCUGUCUGUCUCUGACGAUGGGCUGGAGGCUGUCAUCUUCACCGCACAGGGAGACAUGAGACAGGCGCUGAACAACCUGCAGUCGACCCACUCCGGCUUCGGCUUCAUCAACAGUGAGAACGUGUUCAAAGUGUGUGACGAGCCCCACCCCCUGCUGGUGAAAGGCAUGCUGGGACACUGCGUGGCGGGGGACAUAGACGAGGCGUACCGCGUGGUGGAGGCGCUGUGGGCGCUCGGAUACUCGCCGGACGACAUCAUCGGGAACAUCUUCAGGGUCUGCAAGACCCUCCCCAUGGCCGAGUACCUCAAGCUGGAGUUCAUCAAGGAGAUCGGCUACACCCACAUGAGGAUGUCUGAAGGAGUGAACUCUCUGCUACAGAUGGCCGGGCUGCUGGCCCGACUUUGCAGCAAGACGGCCCCCCCCGCCGCCAGCUGAAUGGACUGCUCCACACACACCCCCUCCACCAGCUGAAUGGACUGCUCCACACACCCCCUCCACCAGCUGAAUGGACUGCUCCACACACCCCCCUCCACCAGCUGAAUGGACUGCUCCACACCAACCUUCACGUUACAAGAAAUAAUCUGUUCACUGAUCAGGGUCCAGUCUGUUGAACCGGACUCAGAGCCGUACCUGAUUUAAGGAGAACUUUCCAUAAUGUUGUUGUUCCACCUGGACUCUCUGUCUCCAUGUCUGAGUGUCUGAACCUGGUCCAGUAUUAAAC